UCCGGUUUGAUUUUGGAUGGCAUGAAAAUUAAAUUUAUUGAAAGUUAUUUACUAUGACAACAAACCAAGAUGAUGAAGAGAGUUUGAUUCCAAAAGAACAAAAAAUGGGAUCAAAAUUAAGGGUCCUAGAAAUUAUCACACGUCUUGUUUUCUCUGUGUUGUCAAAGUUCUGGAAACUAUGUGCAUCUGCAGGACUAAUCUUGGUGUUGGUUUUCUGGUACUACGGAGGAUUACUGACGUUUGCACUCCUUCUAGUAGGAGGAUUUAGUAUAUUCUACAAUGCCCAGGACUUGCUGCUAUACUAUCCUGAGCAACCUCCCCAGUCCAGAUUGUUUAUUGACAGUCCCCAGCGCUUCAACCUGCGGGGAGAAAACCAUUUCAUCACCACUAAAGAUGGUGUCAAAAUUAAUGUGGUGCUUAUAAAACAUUCCAAUCCUAAUGCCCCAACUGUGAUUUAUUUCCAUGGAAAUGCUGGGAAUAUUGGACACAGGUACCCUAAUGUUGGUGAUUUACACAGAUAUGUUGGGGUGAAUGUUCUGUUGGUUGAGUACAGGGGUUAUGGAAGGAGUGAUGGCUCACCUUCAGAGUCAGGACUGUACUUAGACUCCGAGGCAUCUAUGGAUUUUUUACUCAGCCGUCCAGAUAUAAAUAAAGACAAAAUAAUAGUGUUUGGCCGCUCACUAGGGGGCGCUGUGGCUGCGUGGUUAGCCAGCAACAAAAAAUAUUCUCCACAUAUAGUAGCACUAGUGUUAGAAAAUUCCUUCACAUCACUUCCAGACAUUGCUAGGUCCAUUUUUGCAGACUUGUACAUUCUGGAAUAUAUACCUGCCAUUGUAUUUAAAAAUAAGUAUCCUACAGUUGAUAGAAUUCAGAAGAUAACCAUUCCAACCUUAUUCUUAUCGGGACAAGGGGACAAACUAAUUCCCCCACAUAUGAUGUCAAAAUUACACAGUGUUUCUGGUAGCUCUCUUAAAAGAAUAGCCAGAUUUCCAGAGGGCACACAUAAUGAGACCUGGAUGUCCCAGGGUUAACAGCAUGGAUUAGUUUCUUGCAGGAAGUAUUCAGUACAAAGAGAAAGAUUGGUACUGCUGCAGGAGGAAGCAGAGUGGUGGAUCUGUGAAUUUCUAUGCAAAAAAAAAUUGUUAACUGGGGGUGUUCUUACUCUGGUAGAACUCCCCUUUAUAUAACUAUCUGUGAUUAAUUAUUUAUAUGACAAACUUAUGUCUUCAGAUUACAUUUGUACUGGGUACUCUAUAAUUCUUAAUAUUGGAAAAUCGUGAACAUGCAGUGAUUUUUCAAGCUUAUUGUUAUUUAUUACAGUUCAACAGUGAAA